GUCCCAGUGGUGGCUCAGUCGAGAGGCGGUAUUCGGCAGUCAGUCCAUCCGACAACUCAGUGCCGCGCGAGUUGGGUGCCGCUGUUUGGCGAGGCUGCCUGAACAUUGGUGAGAGUCUCGCUGCGGGAACUGCCAUCAACGAUGGCGUUAGUGGGGAGGGAGUUGGCUGUCCUGGCGGGGCUACUGUGGGCGGCUUCCCUAACCGUGUGCUUCAACCUGGAGCCUCGCACUCGCCUCACCUAUAGCUAUCCUUACGCCGCCACUCAGGGAAGGGAGCCUUACUUUGGGUUCGCCGUGGCGCUGCAAAUCAACCAAGUUAACGAUACGAACUGGUUAAUGGUGGGAGCUCCUCGCGCCAACUCAUCCAUUUAUAAGAACCACCAGCAGAUUACUGAGCCUGGUGCUUUGUUCAAAUGUAACCUCAAUGGUCAGAAAUGUGACGAGUUUAUCGUUGACGAUUCAGGCAAUACGGAGACCCCAAACCAGCUACAUGAAUUUAGUUACCAUGACAUGAAAAAUUUUGGGUGGCUUGGAGGAAGUUUGGACAGUCAGCCAAACUUUCGUGAAGACAGACAGGUUACUGGGGUGUGUGCCCCACGCUGGAAAAACCAGAUCUAUAGAUACCAGCGCUACAUGAAUGGUGCCUGCUACUGGAUAGACAACUCCAAACCCAAUGCAAAAUUCAACAAGAAGCUUCCCCUUGUCAACCAUGAAAAACAAACAACAACAAUAAAUGACAAGACCUUUUAUUUCUAUGGUCAUGGACAAGCUGGUAUGUCUAUUCACUUUCCUGAUGACCAAACCAAGUUCAUAGUUGGAGCUCCUGGUGUAUUUAAUUGGCAUGGAACGGUAAUACUUUAUCAGGACAGUAACUGGAACAACCCUGAGGGCAUAGCGAGGCGAAGGCGGCAGGCAUGGUGGAUUACAAAGCGAGAUUUUCAACAUGACACGGUGCCCAAUCCUUCUUAUUUCACUCGUAUUCGAGACUGUGACCUGUUUGGAUAUGCAGUCACUUCAGGAAGAUUUUUGUCAGAGAGACAAAUCCUUUAUGCUGGGGGUGCUCCUCGUGGUGCAGAGUCAUAUGGCAAGGUCCUUGUUUUUGACUUCUCUAGAUUUGACAACAAUGACUUGAAAGUAAUGAUGGAGAUGAAAGGAGAACAGCUGGGUGAAUAUUUUGGAUCAGCAUUGACAGCAGCAGACAUCAAUGGAGAUGGACUAAGUGACCUGGUUGUUGGUUCACCCAUGUACUCGCUCCCAAACAUUGCCGAUGUGGGCACAUUUCGAACUUACCUCAGCAACAAUGGACGUGGGCUCCGUAUCCAGUCCACACCUUAUUAUGGCAAUAAGGUUUACCUUGCCAGGUUUGGCACAUCACUUGUUUCUCCUGGGGAUCUCAAUAUGGAUGGCUAUGAGGACAUUAUUGCAGGGGCACCAUGGGAGGGUAAUGGGGCUGUGUAUGUCUUCUUGGGUUCAGCCACUGGUCUCAAACAACAGUAUUCACAACGCCUUGCUCCAGAGGACUUCAAUCCUGUGCUCAGAGGAUUUGGUGUGUCAUUGUCACGGGGAAAUGAUAUAGAUAAAAAUGGUUAUCCAGAUUUGGCUAUUGGAAGCUUCCUGUCUGGUCAUGUGGUUGUGAUGAAGACUCGGCCAGUGGUCAUGCUGUCAGGCCACCUCACCUCCAGCCCAGCCAAUGUUGCCUGGGAGGGAAUCACAACCUUGAACCUCACAACUUGCCUCCGGUAUUCUGGACACAGGAUACCUUCAAGCUCUUCAAUUCAGGUAACACUCACCCUGGACCAUGACAGCCCAGCCCCUCGUGCUGUGUUCAACACUAAAAAGUACAUCCUCACCUUCAAUCUAACUCUGGCUGCCAACAGUGCUCAGCCGACUUGCAGGAGUGAACAAGUGACUGUCAAGGAAGACAAAAUAGAUCCAGACCAACCCAUAGUUAUGAAGAUGGAUUAUGACCUCGUGAAGAAUCCACGCUUAGAGCUGAUAAAACAACCAGUGACCAACCCUGGUGAGAUACACAGCAAUAUCACUCGGGUGGGGAUUCUGAAAGGCUGUGUGGAGGAGGUCUGCAGGGUGGAUUUGACAUUUGAUGCCGACCUUGAUCUUGAGCAAGGAAACAAAUUGGUAGUGGGCCAAAGAACUAAACCAGUACUACGGGUGCAAGUGUUUAGUAGUGGAGAACCUGCGUACCUUCCUACCAUGGUUGUCAAGGUGGACUUGCCUCUUACUCUCCUUCUGCCUACAUCACACGACUGUAAAUUUUUUGAUGACGACCUGAGGACGUCUUUGGAGUGCCAGCUGUCCAAUCCCCUCAAAAAGGGUGGCUCAGACACUGUGGAGGUAAGUGUGGAUGCCAGCCAGCUAACAGACCGUUCCACCAGCCCAGGGAUCCAGGUUAAUGUUGCUGGUGAAGGACAUGAGCUGAAACCUGAAGAUAAUCAAUUAUUCAUCAACCUCCAGCUGGUGGCCCAAGCUGACAUGGUGCUGCAUGGAGACUCCAAGGAAGAACAAGUGUUUUACACACAUGUGGACAAGAACCACAUUAAUGCAACCAUUAAUCCAAGAUUUACUCACUCCUAUGUUGUAUUCAAGAGAGGGCCAACACCUAUUGGUGAGGUGGAUUUAAACAUUGAUAUUCCUGUCAAUACAAGUGAUGGACACAAAUUAGUAAAACUGUAUCCCCCAAAGACAACUUUUAAGGAACAACCAUUCCAAUGCAAGUUGAGUAGUGGCAGUUUUGAUAUUGACAUCAGUGACAAUGGGAAUGUGGAUGAUGGUAUAAUCGGUGAUGAUGGUGAGAUGGGUGGAAGUAGUAAUGCAGAACCUCACAUAAAGGAACUAACUGUGAAUGUAGAAAAUGAAGGGGAUGAGACUCAGUACUUCAACUGCUCCUCAAGUCUAGUCAGGUGUGCCCGACUCUCCUGCCGUAUAUACAACUGGCCACAGGGCACAAAUUCAGCAAAAAUUUCUUUCAACAUGGAAGUUGAUCUUCAGGUCAUGGCCAGAUAUAUAAACAUGAAGGGUGGAGCAAUUUUUGCAAGUAAAGCAAGUGCCAACAUUCAGUCCCUUAAUUCCCUGCUGGGCUUUGUUGGAGAAAAGGUGGCCCAGGAUACUGUGGUGACGUACAUCCAGCCUGACACCCUGCGUGCAAAGGGCAUCCCCUGGUGGGUCAUCUUGCUGGCAGUGCUGGGAGGUCUCCUGCUGCUGGGACUCCUGGCUUAUGGGAUGUACAAGUCUGGAUUCUUCAAGAGGGAGAAAAUGGAGGAGAUGAAGGCCCAGCAAGCAAAUGUUGUACCUUCCAAUUCAUAUGGUACCAGUAAUCCAGGGUAUCAGUAACCCAGCCCAUUGAUUACUGGUGCCAGGAGCUGCAGCCACCUAGCAGUGUAUCUUUGCCAAAGGAUUUCAUGAACCAAUUUUGAAGUUAUAUGAAGCCUACUACUGAUAUUGGAAAGAAAAAGAGUAAGGGAGUAUUUUAGUGAGAGUCAGUAAAGUAUGGUUUGCUUAGGGACAAGUGAAGUGAAUGAGUCAUUUUGAUUUAGCAUGAUCUCAUCUUGUGAUGUUUACCAGAUAUUAAGUGAGCAUCAUAUGGUGCUUGAGUGUGAAGAUUUGAGAAUAUAAAGAAAGCUCUAUUUACUUCAGUGGUCUUGAAUCUUAUGAAAAUAUUCUAAGAACUUGUGCCAUGAAAACACAUACAACUCCAAAGAUGUAUAACAUUUCUAGCCUCGCAUAUGUGGCCAUAGCUGGAUAUCUUUGUUUGUAUUUGUCUAGCUUCUGGGAUAUGUACAAUCAGAAAUGUAACUUAUCAGCAAAUUGAGUAUGACAGUGAUUUAUGGUAGUUCUUAUAUGCAUUCUGUUAAAUUGCUUGCCUCUAUUAGAGCCACAUGUUAAUCCCUUUUGGGGAACAGCUUGUACCAUAGCAUUAAGUAGAGGUUGUUACCUUUCUGUUCUUCAGAGCAAAAUUCAGUCCAUUCACAAGGUCUUAGUUUUUCCAAGUACAUCAGACUUUCUGUUGUUGCAGCCAUAAUUUGUAGCACUAAUAGGUAGUGAUGGCUAGUAUCUUUGAGACUAUUCACUCAUUUAAUUGAAUUUAUCUGUUUAUCCAUUUUACUUUCAUUUAUUUUAUUUAGUCUACUUAUAUUGCUAUAUGAUUUAUUUUCUGCUAUGGCUACAAUGUUUCCAAUCCUUUGUUGAAGUCUGAUAGUACUCUGUACACUUAUAAUACCAAAGAUGCAUGAAUGUUUAGUACACAAUGUUGUGAAUGCAAUUCUCCAAAUUUCUUUUGAACUAUGAUAUUGGGACGUGUGAUGUUUUGUUCUCAAAUUCAACCAUUAUGUAUCAUCAUCAUCAUCAUCAUCAUCAUCAUCAUCAUCAUCAUCAGUAUCAUCACAUCAUCAUCAUCAUCAUCGUCAUCAUCAUCAUGAUCAUGUAUUACCAAUUGAGGAAAUUAUGAACAGUAGCAGGUCACUUCGAGACAAGUAGUUUGGGUAACAAUGAAGGGAGGCAGCACUAGUCAAUAAAACAUACUGAAUG